GGACAUUUGCUUCCUCCCGGCUCGCGACGUCUCUGGGGCCCAGCAGAGCCAGAGCUGCUGUGUGGAUAAUACCGGGAGGAAAAAAUCAUGUAUGCCACCUUCAGAUCCCUGGAGGAAUAGUGAGAUACAUGUAAGCAUUACAUGGUUCCGCAGAGGACACACUGAAAUCAAGGGGACAAGAUGACUAGCCAGUCCCAGGGAAUCCAGCAACUUUUGCAGGCAGAGAAACGUGCCAAGGACAAACUUGAAGAAGCCAAAAAGAGAAAGGAAAAGAGGCUGAAGCAAGCCAAAGAAGAAGCCAUAGCUGAGAUAGACCAUUACAGAUUACAGAGAGAGAAGAAUUUCAGACAAAAGCAAACCAAUAUAAUGGGCUCUCAGGGUAACCUAUCAACGAAAAUAGAUGAAGAAACUACAACAAAGAUCCGGGAUCUCGCUAGUAACUACCGUAAGAACAUGGAAAGCAUGAUAGGACAUCUUUUGGACAAGGUGUAUGACAUCAAUCCAGAAAUCCACCCAAAUUACGCAUAUACUAUUUAAACCAUUCUGUGGAAAUGUUUUACGAAGUGCACUGAUGCCUUUGCCAUUAGACAGGGUGAUGUGGUUUACCUCAACUGGCAGAUUAUAAAGUACCAUUAAAGGGCAAAAUAAAGUCAGUUGUUAUAUUUUUACCACCAGUAAGACUUGGGUAGCCAUUUGGAUAUUCCGAAUCUAGGGUCAAAAUUUGUCUUGUGCUCUCCUCGGGCAGAAGGUAUCGUUUUCCUGAUAUUUGUCAUUUUCUACAUUUCUACUGUGUAUGUUAGAAACUGCAAGUCAAAAAAGCACGUAGAUGUUUAUAAGAUUUGUGAUGCGACUAGUUCUUCCAAGGUUUCACGCAAGCAUUUGGUGGAAUGGAUUUCCUCCUCUUCCCCACCCGCACCCCUUUUUUUCUGAUAGCAAGGAUUUGCAGUGCCAUCCUAAG